UGAGUUUGAUGCUCGUCUUACAUUCUGCUCACAGCUCUCUCAGAUCCAAAACCCUCCAACCCUUCUUCAACCGCGUAAACCCUCCAUGGAUCACUCGCCAUUACUCUUACUCUUACUCUUCUUUCUCUAUAUCUCUUUUGGAAAAGUCCCAAACCACCCGUCAAUUAAAUCAAAUCCUCUCUCAAGCCAUCACCACUGGCCGCUUCACAGACCCUUUUGUAUCAAGUAAGCUUCUCUUCUCUCUCUCAUCUUCUGAUCUCACCUCUGCUCGCAUCCUCUUCUCAAAAAUCUCAAACCCCAAUAUUUUCGCCUGGAAUUUCAUGUUCAGAGCUUACUCUUGUAGCUCUUCGCCUUGGGAAUCGAUCACUCUUUACAAUUUGAUGCGACAGAAUGAUGUUUUACCCGAUAAUUAUACUUUCCCUUUCAUCCUUAAAGCUUGCAGCCGAGCCCAAUACCUCGAGAAGGGUGAAGAAAUUCAUGGGUUGGGUCUGAAAUUGGGCUUUGAGUUUGAUGUCUUUGUGCAGAACUCCCUUAUUUCGAUGUAUUCAACUUGUGGUGUGAUUGAAACCGCACGCAGGGUAUUUGAUUUGGUUCCUGUUUGGGUCCGAGAUUUGGUGUCUUGGAACAGUAUGAUUUCAGGGUAUUUGCAGAGGGAUUUUUGUGGGAAAGCAUUGGAAUUGUUUUGUGAAAUGAAAGGCGGUAGCUCAGAGAGGCCGAAUGAGUUGACUGCAGUGAGUGUCAUAACGGCUUGUGCAAGGAUUGGAGACUUGAAUUUAGGUAGGAGGGUUCACGGCUUUGUUGCAGUUAAUGGGUUUGUUCUGGAUGUUUUUCUGGUUUCAUCUCUGAUUGAUAUGUAUACAAAAUUUGGCCGCAUAGUGGAUGCGCAGAAUGUGUUUGAUAGAUUGCAGGACAGAAAUGUGGUCUGUUGGACUUCUAUGAUUGCAGGUUAUACGCAGUUGGGCUUGUUUAAGGAAGCAAUGCAGUUGUUUAGGGAGAUGCAGAUUGAGAAUGUUAUGGCAGAUGAAGUGGCAAUUGCUUGUGUUGCUUCUGCAUGUGGGCAUUUGGGUGCACUAGAUCAGGGGAAGUGGGUGCACGCAUACUGUGAAAGGAAUCAAAUCGAGAUGAACCUUACUGUGAAGAAUUCAUUGAUUGAUAUGUAUGCAAAGAGUGGUGAUAUUAAUAAGGCUCUUGAAAUUUUUCAUAAGUUGAUUCGACGGGAUGUGUUCUCAUGGAGUGUUAUGAUUUCUGGGCUUGCCAUGAAUGGUAAGUCUAAAGAAGCCCUGGACUUGUUCUCUGGUAUGUUAUCGUCAAGUGAAGUUAGACCAAAUGAUGUCACAUUUCUUGGGGUGCUAUCCGCUUGUAGUCAGGGUGGGUUGGUGGAAAUGGGUACUUACUAUUUCAAUUUGAUGACCAGAACGUAUAACCUCAGCCCUCGAAUUGAGCACUAUGGCUGUAUGGUUGAUCUUCUUGGACGUGCUAACCUUUUGGCAGAGGCAGAGAACCUUAUCAGGGCAAUGCCUAUUGAGCCUGAUGCUGUUAUUUGGCGAUCCCUGCUAUUUUCAUGUAAGAUUAAUGGGAAUAUUGAGUUGGCAGAGUUCGCUGCAGAGCGGAUUCUGGAGUUGGAGCCCAGAAAAUGUGGAGCUCAUAUUUUGUUGUCUAAUACUUAUGCUGCUGCCUCAAGGUGGAGUGAUGUGAAGAGGGUUAGGAAAGGUAUGUAUGUUCAUGCGAUUCAAAAACAGCCAGGUUGCUCCUUUGUUGAAAUUAAUGGUCUCAUUCAUGAAUUCUUUGUGGCGGACUGUACACACCCGCAAACUGAUAUCAUAUAUGAAACCAUUAUUGCAAUGCAUCAACUAUUACAAUCAGAGGGAUAUGUCCCAGAUACUUCUGAUUAUUUAACAAUGAGUUGGAAGGAAGUUGAUUAAUCACCGUACAAACGAGUACAGAGUUUUCAUCAGAGUUAAAUGUAACCAGAGUUCUCUUGUCUCAGUAGAUUGGAAUCUUUAUUGUGAUGGACUUCCGCUUUUAGAUAAACUUGAGAAAGUUUCCUACGGAAGCUCAUUGCCAAGCCUCUCAACAAUAAAAAAAUCCCCCCCCCCCUCUUUCUAAAACUGGCGACAGGAGGAGGAUUUUCUUGUGUGACUAAGGAUUUGGUAUCCACCAUUGUUGGUGGGAAGAAUUAGAAGCCACUGAAUUGAACCAUUGACUUGGGAGUUUGAAUCAAGUGUGGAGAGAGAAAGGACUACUAAUUGGAAAGGUAAUCUAUUCUAGGAUGACUUUUGCUUCCUUGUGUGGAAAGAGAGGAUCUUUUGCUUUCAUUGGGUGUGGGUGAUCCAUCUAAGAUCUGGAACUUGGUGCGACAGUAAAAUGGAAGAGCUACCAGAAUGAAGACAUGGGUUUUGAGCCUGAGAAAGGUUUACACAGAAAGCCAUAAAGCAACAGUGCAUUGUAAAGCCAUAUCUAUGUAAAAGCUCGUUGCUUUACUGAUGACACCCUUAAUGAAGAUUUCAACAGAAAGCCAUACUGAAUGUACAACGAAGGGAACCGGUCUGCUCCUUGUCAUCUUUACCAUUUGGCAGAGGACCUUCAAGAUGCCCGGCGCAGCAUACCUUCAAUCUUUCCUCCGCUGAUGUUCCCUAGAAGGUCUGAAGUGUCUGAGCCAUAGUAGGUGGCCAGCAGCUGCGGUUUUUAUUCCUCUUAGAGGUUUAAGCGAUUAGCAAGGAUUGAAGAGUGCAUGAUAAAACCUGUCUCCGUAUAUGUGAGCAUCUUCUGUUGCAUGUUUCUAACCAUUUUCCGGCACUAUCAGGUUGCUGGAUACUUUUGAUCAGUGUCGAAAAGCAGUGGAUGUCAAACAAGCCUUUAAGUUGGUUGAAUAAUGAAUAGAAAAUCCCAGACAUUUGAUUCCCAA